AGAUUUUUUCAUUGAUAGGCCUUUUUGUUCGGCAUUUGUAUCAUACUCUAUUGAAAUUUCAGGGCGUUAGCUUCCAGGCUCUAGCAUAUAUAAAUUUGUUGCAGUGAAAUUAUUUGUGUUUUUCCUUGAUAUUUAACCGGGUAGCAAUCCAAAUUAAAUUUUUAAUAAACACUUCUCGAACGUUAUUCGUUAUGUCGAAGGCACCGUGCUGUUGGGCCUCAAAUGAGUUAAGCAGGGAUAAGAAGGACUAUAUACGCUGUUCCACAAGACAGGUUCAGCCGCCAUGUGACGAUGGCAAGGGUAAGAAGGGCAAGAAUGGCAAGGAUAAGGACAAGAGUGUUUGCUGUUCAACGGCAUUUCAAAUGCAAAUGGCCAAAGAUGCUGCCAACGAGGAUACCGAUGAGUUGCAAUGCGGUCCAUCGAAGAAGGGGAAAAAGAAUAAAGCCAAUAAGGAGAAUUUCCGUUGCUUCACUGCGAACAUGAUCUGCAUGAAACUCUAUAUGCCCGGCAGGGACUUUGAGUGUCCCGAACAAUUAAGGAUUACUGCCAACAUAUGUCGGGGCUGCAAGCCAAUUCUAUGCUCCAAUCGUAUAAAUGUGAACUGUCUGCCACAGGAACCGAGCGCUCGCUUCUCCAUGCUGGCCGAAUGCCUGGAAAAGGAGCUGAACGAGGGCAUCUCUGUGUCCGUCGUAUACAUGAAGAAAGAGAUAGGGCGUGGCUGUUUUGUCCCACCCGAGUCUGUCAUUCUACGAAUGACGAAUACCCUUCAGGAAGUCGUUUAUACCGCCAACGUUGAGCUGACCUGCAAGGGCUGUACCGUCGGUAUGUGCACUUUAAGGCUCUCGAUGCACAUGCGAUGUCAGUCCCUCGAUGUCUCGGAAGACGACGAGACCAACGACGACGCUUGUGGGGACAUGAUGGGCCUCAAUUCACAGAGUGGUGCCAGCUCAUCCACAGAUCCCUGUCUGGGCUUCGCUAGCAUUGAGGAUCCUUCUGGUGAUUCCUCCUGCUUGUGCAAAAGCUCCGAUAAUGCCAUUUCGAGAAGGAAAGCCGGCACUGAGUCGAGCAAGAAACUGAUUGACAUGGCUGGUCCCUACUCCAUCUAUGGCUUGACGGACAAUAAUGCGGGAUGCUUGGAUAUAAAGGCAUCUGCUGGCCCAGGCGGACAGUUCUCGGUGACAUCUCAUUUGGGAAGCGGCAAUACGAAUCGCAUGUGUCCUCCGAUUGCGCCGCCAAAGUUAAAGCAAAUGGGCAUUAAGCGGGAACGGGAAUGUCCCGUCUGUCAUGAGGAUGUGUCCUGGCUGCCACAGAUCGCCGCCUGUCCUCAUUGUGGCUACAAACCGUUGCCCGAAUUCGAGGAGAAGGACUACAAUGAGAAGGCCACAGCCAAGGAUAUACUCGUCGAAUUCUUCGACUCUUUGGGCGUCGAUCCGAACGCCGCUGAUCAGGGAUCUGUUGCCUGCUCUCAGACCUGCGAACAGCACACUGAGGGCAAGGCAUCGGAAGGCUUUGAAUCCAUUGUGCAGGACUACAAGGCUCUCAAGCAGAGCAUCAAGAAGUGCAAAUCCGCUCAGACAUGUCCCGGGGUUUCAAAGUCCUCGCAGAAGGCGAAGCCGCCAGAUCUGGUCAAUGUAUUUACGGAGCUUAGAAACCUCUUUUACGGUGCUGACGGCGACGAGAAUAAGAAGGCCAAGAUCAAAGAGAUUUGCGAUGAAGCCUGUAAACUGGCAAAGGCCACCCGGCGACGCGGUGUCAACAAAUCCACAUCCAAAGGAGGCAGUUCCUGUGGAAUGAUCAAAAUGCGAAAGCGACAUCCAAAGCGACAGAAAAUGUACGUAAAGUCGCGGCUCUACACGCCCGUGGAUCCCCUUGAGCAUAGGAGACAUGGCCACGCCCACUGUCGUGAGGAUGAGCACAAGGUGCCCGCCCACAUGGGUUGGCUGUGGACACAGCAUCCGCUUGCCCAGCGACCGGGCUGGCGUCCAGGUGCCAUUCGUCGUUCCAUACGUGAGCUGAUGAGCUACUUUCUCAAGGACUUUCCCGUGGACAGCAUACCCAUAUCCAAGUACAUGUCCUAUCACAAUCAAAAGCCUUGCCCGCCCAUAGAUCACGAGGAGAAACCCGAGGAUCUGGUCCAGUUGCCGACACUGCACAUUGAGAAGAAGAACGAUGAGUAUCUCAUCACGCUGCGUCCCCUCAAGGAUGCGGACACCUUAAAGCGGGCUGCGAAUCCCUAUGCCAACAUGAAGCCCGUUCAGUUUCGCAUUGUCAAGAAUCCACUGCUGAAGCAGGUGCGGGAGAUGAAACGUUGCCUGAAGAACAUGGGCUUCAGCAAGUGCAAGUGCCACAAGCCGGUGAUGGAAUGCUACUGUCGCAGCUUCAUCGACAAGAAGCAACUGGUGGAGGAGGUGCAACGGCAGUGCAUUAAACGGAACAUGGACAGCUGUGAGUACGAUCUCGUGCUCUCGGACACCUCGGACAGCGAGGCGGAGUUUGACUUUGGUGUCACACCUCCGGCGGGUCUAAUGCAUCCGGAGCGCUUGAAGGCGACGCACAUAACGCACACGGAGACUCAGUACAAUGAGAAUGACUGGGCCAUGCCCACAAUGUAUCCGCAUCCGCCCAACGCCCAAGUGCAGUACGGCGGUUGUGUGGUUGGCGAGCGUCAAGGUAAAUUCGAUUGGAUCUUCGGCAAGGGAUUUGUGCAUCGCCAGCCGAAGCCUCCAAAGAUGCGUAAUCCACCCAAAAAGAAAGCGAAGCGACCUUUUCAUGGUGCCCCUCGACCGCGUCAAGAGGGCGGCUUCUCGAGCACUACCGACAUCGGUCCAAAGUAUUUCAUAAGACGCGAUCCUCAAGCGACGGCUCCUCAGCAAGUGGAUCGCUUGCAACGACUCAACCGCGCCUCUCAUCCUCCCACAGCGUUACAGUUCCAGCGAUCGAGAGAUUCGGAGUCGAAAAGGGUCCGAUUCGACAUCAGUCAGAACGAAAAGUUCAUCAUAUAGUUAUUCAAAAUUAUGAUAUUUUAAUAUUACAGUUUUAGUUAAACAUUCAGAACAUUCUAGUUUCGAGAAAAACAUAUAAUAAAUAUGUAUCCCAAUAUUAAUACUUUUAUAA